AUGUUCAAGUCCAUUGUGGGUUGCUGCAAGGUGUACAUAUCAGAGAGCAGGAACAGAAUUGCAUUGGAAUCAAUAGAACGAGCUUCCAAGCUUUUCCCUUUGGCUCCCAUAAUCAACAAGUUCGAGGAUGUGGCCUACAACAGAGUUGGCUACACCCUUGUCUCUGAAUUGAGUCUUGCAGGGCCAUCUCACCUGGCAAAUGCUGUGUUAGCAAUGGUGAAGGCUGCCUUUGACACCAUUGACUUUGAGGUGCACUCUGGAACUCAUCCUCGACUUGGUGUUGUGGACCACAUUUGUUUUCACCCCUUGCUUGAUGCUUCCUUGGAUCAAGCAGCUACCACUGCUAGGUGUUUAGCCACGGAGAUGGGUUCUAAUCUUCAAGUUCCCACGUAUCUAUAUGGAGCGGCACAUGAAGAGGGGAGGACACUUGAUUCAAUCAGAAGAGUAUUUGGUUAUUUUAAACCAAAUUCUAGCGAAAAUCAGUGGACUGGGGGACUAAAAUCAGACUCUUUGCCACUGAAUCCUGAGAGUGGUCCCUCUCAAGUUACCCCAGCAAAAGGUGUUGUGGUCAUUGGAGCAACCAAUUGGGUUGAUAACUACAAUGUCCCUCUAUUGUCUUCUGAUAUUAAUGCUGUUCGGAGAAUUGCAAAACGGGUUAGUGGAAGAGGUGGUGGACUUCCCUCUGUACAGGCCAUGGCACUUGCACAUGGUGAAGGUGUCGUUGAGGUAGCCUGUAAUUUGUUGGAUCCAAAUAAAGUUGGUGGUGAACGAGUACAAGAAGAAGUUGAGAGCCUAGCAAGGGAAGAAGGUAUUUCAGUGGGGAGGGGAUACUACACAGACUUUUCACAGGAUCAAAUAAUUUCAAGUUACAUGAAGUUGUUUGAAGAGAGAAUUUGA